AAGCGGGCCAGUGCCCCAGCUGCCCCCGUGCAGCCCGUGACAGACCCCUUUGCCUUUGGCAGGCAGCCCCCCCAGGCUCCCCCUGCGGACAGCCCGGCCAAGGGCGGCGCGUUGGUGCUGCAGAGCCCUUCCCCGCCGCCUGCCGGGGGCAGCCCUCACGGACAGCACCCAGCAGCUCCUCCCUCCCAGCCAGGAGGGAGCACCAGUACUUUUUCUAAUGUUCCCAUUCCUUCGCCGUCCCCGGGGUAUGUUCUAAAUAGUACUGCAGAAGGGCAUCCAAAUGUGGACCCUGGACUCCGUGGGCCUGCAGUACCCUUGCAGUAUAAUCCAGGAGCUGCACUUGAGAACUCUUUUAGCGUGCAUCCUGGAGGGGUGUCUGCAUCCAACAGACCUGGAGGUAGACAAGAUGUUAGUAGAGAUCUAAACGAUGUUCCUUCAGGACCCAACGCAGCAGCACUCUUCCCUCCACCUCCUCAGCAGCCUGUGUCUCAGUGGAGGCCUCUUCAAGGUAACCUGCAGUCUCCAGUUCGAAAUUUUGUGCCCUAUCCUGAGCCGUCUCCUCAGAUUGACGUUUAUAACGUUUCUCAGUCUUCUGUUAGCACUUCUCAUCCUCCUCCACAGACAAAUUUACAGCAGGCUCCCGUGCACCAAGGUGUUCCACAAAAUAUGCAAGCGCCUUUACCUGCUGGUUGUGAAAAGAAUGGGAAAAACAGUUCUGCAAACAGCAGUCAUCACAUGAACAGCAUCCAGCCUGGAAACGUGUUUAGGCAGAACGCAGACAUGGGUAACCCUUGGUUAAGUCAACCAUACCAGGAACAGUUUUACCCACAGCCACCACUGCAAGACUCCAGUUUUGUCAUUCCCACAGCUCAGGAAAAUAACCCCCAACACCAGUCUCCAGGUACGUCUGAAACGUCAAAUAGACCCAUUCCCACAGACCGAGAUUCAGGAACUCUCUCCAUGUUUUUCAAAGGGGAUGAGGCAGAAAAUGAAGAAAUACUUUCAUCUGAAAAACCUUACGUCGUUGAGAAAGCAGAGUUUGAUGCUUGUCAGCCAAAUUUGGCACCCUUUUAUCACCAGCCUCAGCGGGCUGCACCCGGCGUUCUCUCUCAGGCAGGCGGCUCGCAGUGCGAGAACGUGGAGAACCUGGAGUGCAUCCAGAACCAGGGGUUGCUGCCGAGCGAGCCGCGGGGCGCCAGCGCCCCCAACCCCGACCCCUGCCGCCACGGCUCCUUCCCAGGCCAGCUGCUUCCCAAGGGUGCUGCUCUGAGCCACGCUGAAGGAGGACCAAACCUGGAGGCGCCCGAUGCGUUGCCUCGUCCUGGCCGGCCGGAUAGUGUCUCCUCCAACUACAGCAGCGUCAGCCACAGGAGCGCCCCGAGCUCGGCGAGGCCCGAUGAAGAAUCUUCUGCUAGCUUCUUUAAACAGAUUGACUCCUCUCCUCUGGGAGGUGAUUCAAGUGAGGUAAACCUGGGCAAGAACUACCAUGGCAAUCUCUCCCAGCCUCCAACUCCAAGUCCUCCUAAGCCUACGGGAGUAUUUCAGACAAGCGCGAAUAGUUCUUUCGAACCCGUGAGGUCGCACGGGGUUGGUGUGAAACCUGUGGAGAUUGACCAGGCAAAGAUGGUGGUUGAAUUAAGAGAGAACCACUCAAACCAGAAGAAUAUCAAGAAGAGUACAGCUGGGCCAGCCGCGUCGCCAGGCAAUCUUGAACAGCCCCCAGAUAAUCUGGAAACUAUUUUCAUGCCUCAGGUGCACCCACUGCCGCUCGCAGUCGCUGGUGAAGCUGGGAAUAUGUUGCACUCUGGACCCAUUAUGGAAAACAUACAGUCAGUGUCUGAGAGAAGGUCUUCAACAAGAGCUCAGGGAGCAGUUAAGAAGUGUGAUAGCCCAGCAACAACUUUGUGGGCUCAUAAUGAGUUACCAAAUUUUGGGGGAAAUGUUCUUCUAGCUCCUGCUGCUCCUGCAGUCUACGUACCUGCCAAACAAACUGUAGAAGUCAUUCAGCCACCAGAAGAAGGCCUGUCUAGUCAGCAGCCAAGUAAACCAGGGACUAUUGCUGUUCCACUUGCCCAGGAUGGAAAUAUAUCUUCUGAAAAUCUUGAGAAUCCUCCCAAAAUGGGAGAAGAGGAGGCACUUCAGUCUCAGGCAAGUUCUGGUUAUGCAAGUUUGUUGUCUUCUCCACCUACAGAGUCUUUGCAAAAUCAGCCUAUCCUGAUUGCUCAGCCUAAUCAAAGCUAUACCUUGGCUCAGCCAAUUAAUUUUUCUAUUUCUCUAUCUAAUCAGCUAAGCAGCAAUGAAAACAAUCAGCCAAUGAAGGACUCUGGGCUUGGGGACAAGCCUGCAAUGGGUCCCCAGACUUCACUUGCUGGUGGGAUCACUUCUGGGGAAAAUGUGCCGACACCUGUGAUGCAAGUUGGAUCUCUAUUAGUUAAUGCACUUCCAAGUACUAAUCUUUUAAAACAUAAUUUAUUACAAAGCCCUGUUAAUUCCUCUGAUACUGCUUCUAAUCAGCCUGCAAACUUACUUAUGAAAACUCCACUUAAUUUAGCUCCAGAAGGGCAAAAGAAUGUUAAUAUGGAAGGGUUUGCUCCUGAAUUUGCUAGCAAGCCAGGGUCUCUCUCAUCAAUUUCUCCUGGGACCCAUCUCCCUGGUGGAAGUGCAAGCACUCUCAUCCCCCCUGUUAGUGCUCUAGCACAGGCUAGUAAUGCUGCAAGUCAUUCAGAUGGCAAAGAAGAAGCUGCCGGAGUGCUCGACUUCACAGUGCCGCGGAUGCCGGAGAAACACGGCGCAAGUAAUUCUGUGCAGGGCCAUCAUCAGUCGCUUUUUGGCGGCCCGGUAUAUCCUCAACAGGCAGCUGGUAGUGCUGGUCAGGUGGGUCCUGAGAUGGGUGACCAACACCGUUUCUAUCAACAGGUGACAAAAGCCUCCCAG